ACCACGAGGAUUGCUAUAGUUUUUUCACUGGACUAUUAGCUGUCACUUGAUUUGGUAUGUUUUAAAAAGACCGUUAGCUUGAGGUCUUUUUCCACUUUUGUACUCUACAACAGAAAAGUUUGUUUGAAUAUAGAUCCGACAAAAUAGUUAGACUAUGAAAAUAUAAAAAUUUAAUAUCUUUCUGAACUCAAGCGCUUGACAAAUUUUGAUUCAUAACAUAUGUCUACAAAUGUGUGCUUGCGGACAGCACUUGCGCUCUUCGGUAAAUUAAUCUGCAUAUCCAUGACAAUGAUAAGCCCACAACAAAUCAGAUUACAAUUGAGUAAUCAUUUGUUUGAUUUGUUACAGUUAAAGCUUUUAAGUAAAAUAAAAACUAACAGUAUUAAAUAUUCUGCUCCUAUGGAGCUUAAAGAAUUACACAGUUUACGUGCGCGUGAACGAAACAAUGAACAAUCGACCACAACCGAGGAUCUAUCAGUGUUGAGCCGAUUUCAAAACGUCUCUCUGUUCGCCGACAAACCCAUCCAGCAGGGAUCAUUUGUAUCAGAUGUCUCGAAUAACGAUGAAGAACAGCAGCAGCAACAGCAACUUCAACAUGUGCUUGACCUGACCGGCUACCGAAAACUUCGAUCCGUUGGUCAAGGUUCGUUCGGUAUCGCAAUCCUGUACGAGCGCCAGUCGGAUGGGCAACAGGUGGUCAUGAAACAGAUAGCCCUCAGUAAUCUCGCAAAACCCGAACGCGAAAUGGCCAUGAACGAGGUGGAGGUGUUUUCGAAACUUCACCAUCCUAACAUCAUAGCCUACCUUGGAUCGUCCGUGCGAGGUGAUCUACUGUUGAUCGAGAUGGAGUACGCAGACGGUGGCACUCUCGCGCAAAUGCUAGCCGAACGCAACCAGAGUGAAGCACUGCCAGAACGAUUCGUGCUAAACAUGUUUGAACAGCUGACCAGCGCCAUAAGCUACAUGCAUUCUCAAAACAUUCUGCACCGUGAUCUCAAAACAGCCAACGUGUUUUUGCAUGGCAAGGGCACGGUAAAGGUUGGUGACUUUGGUAUCUCCAAGAUCAUGAACACCAACGUGCAUGCCCAAACGGUGCUGGGUACUCCAUACUACUUUAGCCCGGAAAUGUGCGAAGGGAAGGAGUAUAAUGAGAAGAGUGACGUUUGGGCCCUGGGAUGCAUUCUCGGGGAAAUGUGCUGCCUGAAGAAAGCAUUUAUGGCCACGAACCUUUCCGAGCUGGUAGGCAAGAUCAUGACGGCAGAGUAUGUUCCGCUUCCUAGCAAUUAUUCGGAAUCCUUGCGACACGUUCUGGGAUUGAUGUUUCAAAUCGAUCCGAUCGCGCGGCCUUCUGCUUCAGAAUUGUUACAGUAUUGGAUACCGUUCAUCUAUAGAAAUCUGGGAUCCAAGGAAGGUUUCCAGUACGAAACCCACUUUAUGAAUGCAAAAAAGGCCGAAUCGUUAACAGUGAAUGUACCGAACAAACAAUCGUUGGUUGAAAACAAUUCAAACUCAGCCGUUAACGGUGAAGGAUCAACAGCCUUAGUUGGAACGGAUGUAAACCAAACCCUUCCGAUCGAUCGUACUGUCCUGUAUCAAUUGCAUUCAUUCGGUGCAUCCUCUUCGUUGGCUCCAUUGCAUCUACCGCCAACAAUAAAAAUCAGACAGAUAGCAACACGUGGUCAGCAUUUUGUGGCCGUCAUGGAAGAUGGAUCGGUAUACAGUUGGGGAGAAGGAGACAAGGGACAACUGGGCCACGACGCACUCGAGACAUGGCACCACAUUCCCAUGAGAAUUCAAGCGAUCAAGCAGCGUAAAAUAGUAAGUGCGGCUGUCGGUGAAGGAUUUACCAUUCUUUGCACUGCUUCCGGUACGCUGCUGGCCUUUGGCGACAAUAGCAACGGUUGUCUCGGGCAGGGCAAUAAGGCGUCACUGUUGGUGCCGAAAGAAAUAGUUAAGCUCGAGCACGUUCCCAUCGUACAGGUAGCCAGCGGUACUACGCACGUUCUUGCUCUCACCGAAGGUGGCAUCGUGUACAGUUGGGGUAACAGUAGCAAUGGUGCAUUAGCGCUUGGCAAACGCAUCCAUGUGGCCCUAGAACCGGAACGUAUUAUUCUACCACAACUGGUACAGAAUGUUCGGGAGGUGUACGCUGGACCGGACUGUACUAUACUCAUAACCCGUCAGGGAGACUGCUACUGCUGUGGGAGCAAUGCUGGCAAUCGGCUUGGACUUGGACGAAAAGUUGCUGGUACCGCUACACUACGGCAGAUUCAUCUCGAUGCCAAACGAUCCAACAUUCUGGCUGUCAGUGUGGCCGAUACGCAUGCAGCAUUCCUCAUCGAAGGUGGCUUCUUGAUUACGCUUGGCGAUAAUACCAGCGGGCAGCGUGGUGCUGGACAUAAAUGUGAACUGUUGCAACCGACGAUCGUUCGUGAGCUACAAUCGCGAUACGUGUUGAACGUAAAAUGUUGCCAAACAUACACCGUUGCAACCACGGACGAUAAUUGCGUCGUUGUCUGGGGAACGCGCAUUGGUACACCGGAUGGCAAUGAGGAUUCCAGUGGAUCGGUUGGAAGAAACAAUAACGAUCAGAGACCUUCGUUGGCAACGGUUGCUAAUAGUACGACGGCGCUAGCGAACAUCUUAACCUCUCUCUACAAACACGAGACCAUACUCGAUCCGGCAGACGUACUGGCACUGUACUCCUCCAAGCAACAGCAAAGUGUAGGAUCAUACGUAAAGCUACUGGAUGUGCAUCCUUUGCAGCACAGCAUUCUCGUGCUGGUUGAAACCAACUGCCCGUUAGUAUAGUGUUCAGCAAUACAUAACAAUUCUGAACUGGGGUAAAACUAUCAAACACGAAUGUCGUGAACUAUUUACGAUACCAAUUGCCACACACUACACAUAUUUCAGGUAAGCAACGAAAGAAACAUAUAACGAGUUUUUUCACAAAUAAAACAUACCCUAAGGCAGGCGUGAGCAACCUGCGGCCCUCGAAGUGGUUUUAUGCGGCCCGCGAAUAGCCAAUAUCAAAUUUUAUAUUAAAUGUUAUUAUAAAAUAAAAAUGCAAAUUACCCGGUUAAUACAACACUUCAAACUAAAAAAACGAGUUUUAAUCCUAAUUCACUUUUAAAAAAUACAGCAAUGCAUCUAGUCCGAAAAAGUCCGGAUAAAAGCAGCUUUACUACAUUCAUUAUUAUAUCAAUGCAUCCUGCAAUGUGGACCGCCAACCAGUUUUUGAUUUUGAAUGUGGCCCGAAGCUCUAAAAGGUUGCUCAUCCCUG